AUGGCGCAGCCCACUGCCUCGGCCCAAAAGCUGGUGCGGCCGAUCCGCGCCGUGUGCCGCAUCCUGCAGAUCCCGGAGUCCGACCCCUCCAACCUGCGGCCCUAGAGCGCCCCGGCCGCCCCGGGGGAGAGAGAGAGAGGAGAGAGCGCCGGCGCGCUGAGCCCGGAGCGCGCGGGGAACCAGGCCUCGCCCAUGGGGAGCGAGCGCCCGGCGCCGGCCCCGAGGACCGCCGCCCGAGCCGCCCCCGGCCCGUGAAGCGCAGGGGUUCUGCCAUAAGGAUCCGAGUAUUCUCAGGCUGGCGAAGGAGCCGUUGGCCGCUGUGGAACCUGGGUUGCUGGGCUUAGCCCCUGGCGGGCCUCUCCAGAGGAGCGGGGAGGCAGAGGGCCCUUCACUCCACC